CUUAAAAGUCACAGGCGCUCACGCAGCGGAGCUUAAUGCUGCAAGCUGGCUGCUGGGCGAAGCAGCUUUUUCUUAGCCCUUAUUCACUUAUCCCAGUGUUUCAAAAUCAGGAGCAGCAGAGGACUUAAAGGCACACUGCCUGCUGCAAACAAAAAGUCAGCGGAAACGUGAAAUUAAACAAAGUUGGCCCUGCGAAACCAGGACCAACACAAAAUCUUUUUUUUUCUUUUAUAAGGACUAAAACCAUAGAGAUCACUCAACUUGGAAAUCGUGCUGGAAAAAAAAGUGCAUCGGGGCUUUACUGUCAAGAUUUCAGAAAGAAAGCGAUGGCUGCAGAGCUGACCAUCGGAACAGAUCUGCCUACUAGCCCCCUUGCUAUGGAAUAUGUCAAUGAUUUUGAUUUGCUGAAGUUUGACGUGAAAAAGGAACCACUGGGAAGAGACCCUCGCACUCUAAGGCACUGCAAUCGUUUACAAACAACCGGCUCUGUUUCUUCCACUCCAAUCAGCACACCUUGCAGCUCUGUACCGUCAUCUCCCAGCUUUAGUCCGACUGAACAGAAAACGCACAUGGAAGACCUAUACUGGAUGGCGAGCAACUACCAGCAACUUAAUCCAGAGGCGUUGAAUCUGACGCCAGAAGAUGCAGUGGAAGCCCUGAUUGGAAGUACUCAUCCAGUUCACCAACAACUGCAAGCAUUCGACAGUUUCAGGGCCCACCACCACCACCACCAUCAACACCAGCAUCAUCACCAGUUCCAAGGCGUUACCCAUGAAGACUUGAGCAAUACAGCGCACCCACAUCUUCUUCACCAUCACCACCAUCCCCACCAGACGUCCCCGACACCUUCUAACACCUCCACAUCUUCCCAACAACUCCACAGUUCACAUCAGCAACAUCAACAAUCUAAUAAUCCUGAAGACCGGUUCUCAGAUGAUCAGCUUGUCUCCAUGUCAGUGAGAGAACUCAACCGGCACCUGAGGGGGUUCUCAAAAGAUGAGGUGAUACGCCUCAAACAGAAGAGGAGGACACUGAAGAACAGAGGCUAUGCCCAGUCUUGCCGAUUCAAGCGGGUGCAGCAAAAGCACCAUCUGGAAAAUGAGAAGACUCAGCUGAUGCAGCAGGUUGAGCAGCUCAAACAAGAGGUGGCUCGACUGGCGCGCGAGAGAGACGCCUACAAGAUUAAAUGCGAGAAACUUGCAAGCAAUGGCUUCAGGGAGGCUGGAUCCACCAGUGACAAUCCAUCUUCUCCAGAGUUCUUUAUGUGAGUCUUUAAAACAAUUUCAACACGUCCUACAUUUCUUACACAUCUAAUCCGCCUGUUUACCUAGAGACUAUAAAAAGAAAACAUUUGCAAUUUCUUGAACUUGCAAAACAUUUUAUUUAGAUUAGCUGUUAUCAAAGUAGCUGGAAAACAAACAAGAAGUACGUUUCACAUUUUAGACUGCCUAAUAGGUAAACGGGGAAACAUAACAUGUUACAAAGUCUUAGAGAGUGUUUGCUUCACAUACAGUAGUGCACUUGGAAGACAGUAUUCAGCAAGCCAUCUAUUUAAAAUGUCUGUUGAAAAGUAACUGGAGGACAGCAUUGCAAAACUGAGUGCACUCUUUUGUCUAGUUGGUAAAGUAGGGAAUAAGGACCACAGGGCAAUGUAUACUGACUUUUCAUCUAUUGCCCACUUGAGAAAGUAGUGGCAAAGGACACAGAUGGUGAGGCUAUUAUGCAACAUCUCAUCAGAUUUAUUGCCUGCUUUAUUACAUAGAAACUCAGAAAAAUAAACUCUGCAUUUAAAUAUUAAUCCUGCAUGCUGGACAUGUAUGGUAAUAAUUUCUAUUUUGUACCAUUUUCUUGUUUAAAUUUUAGCAUGGUGUCCAUAAAAGAUUUUUGAUUUUGUUUUCUUGCUAAACGUUAUCAGAGAUGUAAACUUACUACUGCUUGUGCAGUUUUUUUCGGUUCUAAUUAGCUUUGUAAAUAAUUGCAAUGUCAAAUUAUAACUCAUUUCAGCAGGCUGGUUUAAACAUUUUAAGUACAGGAUUAACAUUCUGGGCAUUUUGUUAAUUUGCAUUGAUAGAGGACUUUGCAUUUUUGGUGCACUUGGUGUUCUGUUUCUAGUUUUCAUUUUGGUUUUGUUUGUUGGAGCAGAAGCAGAAUCAGCUUAUGAAAUACACAAUUACUGGUGAUAUGGUGCAGCGUGGACUAGUUACUGCAGAGAAAGUGAUAUACUCAGAGCUCAGAAUAGCAGUAUAGUUUCGUUUCCAAUAAACCACCAAGGCCAGGACUAUUUAAAUGUAGAAUCCCAAAUCAAUGCCUAUAUGCCCGCAUAUGAAUGAGAUUUUCAUACACAAAACAUUUUAAGAAUAGCAAAGAAUUGUAGCCCUACACUUUUAAGUUUGCAAACUAUUAUUGUCUACCUUCUUCAGUUCUGACAUAAUCUUCCUGGGAAAAAAUUCUGCAUAUUAUUUACCUAUAUCAAUGUAAUUCCACCUGUCCUUAUGGCAGACGUGUUCAUUCUGCUCAACUGACUGGUGGCAAUUAUGUAAUGAAUGUACAGAGGUUGUAUCUCAAGAUACUUCUAGUUUGAAAUGUAAACAUUAAAUCUGCUUUAUUUUGUUUCACAGCUCACAGCGAGACUGAUUUAGCCAGCUAUGUUUUCUGUCUUAGAUCAGCUUUAUUUUAUUAGUUUUUUCAACUUAAUAUAUAUACCAUGUUUGUGUGUGUAUAUGAGUGUGUGAGGGUUUGUGAGAGUGAGUGUGUUUCUGCAGGUCAGUUAAAGGUUUAAGUUGCACUAACAAAAUACCAAAAU